UCAAUCAGCUUCACGUCGCGUUUCCUAUUCAAUUACAGAUCAAUACAAUCAUCUAUAGUAUACAAAGACACAAUUAAACCACCAUGGCUGAAAAGCAACAAAAGCAAGAACAAAAACAACAGCCGCAACCACAAACCCGCCAACCACGCUGGCUCCUCUUAGCCAUCGCCAGCGGCGCCUUUGCGGCCAUGAACGGCGUAUUCGCCAAAUUAACAACAGACACCCAAACCGCCUCCCUGACCAAAUUCCUAAAUCCCAAUGACAAUCCCACGCUGGAAUUGGUUAUCCGGGGUUCCUUCCUCGCCCUAAACAUGCUCAGUAACAUAAUAAUGUGGGCUCUCUUCACGCGCGCCCUCACCGCAUCCCCCUCCACAACCAAAGUCUCCAUCACCAAUACAUCCGCGAAUUUCCUGGUUACGGCGAUGCUGGGGAUGCUUGUUUUUAAGGAGUCUGUUGGUGGAUUGUGGUGGGUUGGGGCGGGGAUGAUGGGGGGUGGGUGUAUUCUUGUUGGUAUGAGGGAUUCUUGAUUUUCUACUUGUGUUGGUUGGGUAUGGUGGUGGUAUGAGGAUGCCAGAUCCUGGUCUAAUGCUGG